UAGAAGUGGAAGUUGUGGGACACAGCUCUGAGUGUCUCUGCUGCUGCUCCUCCUCUGCAGGAGACACCGCCGGACACACUCAAGGGAGCUACUGCCAGCAUGAAGUUUUUAAUUUUAUCUACUCUCAUCUUUUGUCUUUUUCUUCUGCUGCAGGAAAAAGUACAUGGAGAGAAAAAUGUAUUAAAUGAUGGGCAAGAGAGAUCAGUUGUAGAUCUGCAUAAGACGAACAGAGGCGCUGACCCUGACAACAAUGAUGGAAAACUUGACAGGAUCAACAGGAUAAAAGGUGAUGGAAGACGCCACUACAGUAUCAGUGAUGUUAUUGCUGGUGACGACAGAGAUGUUGAAGCAGGAGGAGAAAUAAGACACCAGGGCAAGAAUUUUGAAAAGCGUCGUCGCAAUAAGAGCCAGCAGGAAGCUGGUCGCGUCAAGGCUGCGGGAAAGAGUCGUGUUCAGGAAGACAGGAACAGCAAUAGUGCUGUGAAUGGAGAGAAACAUCGCUGGACAAAGAACAGGAAAGAUCCCAGCGUUAAGAACAGAAGGAAGCAACCCGUUAACAGAAAAGCUGUCUCUGUAAGAGGAAAGAAAGAAAAAGGGCGUGCUAAGAAAUGGGGUAAACGUCGUGGCGAAAAGGUAAAAAAAAUCAUGCCAUCAAAAAUGUGGAAAGACGCCGAGUCAAGAAGAAAAGUAAACUCCAAGACAGUAAACAUGAAGGAAAAAAGAAAAAGCAGAAGGAUCAUAGCUCCAAGAAAGUGGGAAUAGGCAGUAACACCAAGAAUGGCUCCAAGGUAAAUAAGGUCACAGCUGAGAGGAAGAACAAUGUCCGGAAAAAACAAUAUAAGGAAUGGCAGAAGAAAUUAAAGCAGUCAAAGAAGAAAAAGUUGAAGGAAGGUAAACACAAAAGGGUUAAAAUAAGCAAAUCAAAGACAGUGAAUUCAACCGAAAAUAAAAAAAAGUCAACAGCGGGAAAAGAGAAAAAAGGAAAAAAACAAAAGAAAGAGAAGGAUAUUAAAAGGAAUAAACUGAGACAACAUGGAAAGAGACUCAAAAACGACAGCAAAACUCUUAAAAAACAUAGAGAUAAUAACAUUAGAAAGAGUAGAAAGCAACCAAAGAAAAAAAUAAAGAAAAAAGAUAGUGCCAAUGCAAGUAAAAAGAAACUCAGAGGCAGCAAGGAAGGACGAAACGAAAAUAAAAACCGAAGUAAAGCAAAGUUGGAUCAGGAAGGAUCUAAAGAGGCAGUAAAAAAGGUGACACAGCAAAAAAAGAAGAAAAAGUGGUGAACAAGGAGGACAUCACUCAGGCGGCGGCGGCGGAGAUGAUUACUACUCCAAGAAAAAGUGUAAAACUACCAAAAAGUGCACUAAAGCUGGUGGAAAGUGCCAGGCGAAAAACACUUGUAAAACUAAAGUAGCCGCGAACAAGUGCAAAGGAAGGUCGUGCGAGUGCUGCCUCUCACCAUGCGCAUUUAAACCCAAAAAGAAAUGCGAGAAAUACAAGGGUGUGUGUAAGAAGAAGUGUGACGCUAAAGAGCGACAGAUCUCUAAGGGUUGCAUGAAGAAGAAAUGUAUUUGUUGUGCCAAGGCUUGCAAGCCCACACAAGAGUGUACGGCUCACGGAGGUUAUUGUGUGGAGAAGAAGUCAUCUUGUCAUGGGCAUGUCGACAAAGAUGGCUGCAGGGGAGCGAAAUGCCUCUGUUGUUAUCCAAAAUUGCCUACCCGGGGGACUACAAGAUCAACUACAAAAACCACAGUAUUUUCAUCAACCCCAACGU